AUGAACCCUAGAUCUGAGCAUAGAGCGACCAGAUCUGAAGCGCAAAUCAACCACACCCUCAGCCGCAGAGAACAGAGACAAACAAGGAGAACACAGAGAAGAAGAACAGAGGAGAAGCCGAGGCCCGGCGGCCGCGAAUGGAGGCGGCGGCCGCCGGAGAAAACGUCUAAAACCCUAGUUGUUGCAGAAGAGAGAGGUGGGAGAGAUAGGGUUGUCAAGCUGAUGUAUAGUAAGAAAAUUCCUGGCGGCCACCGCAGACAUGUUGUAAGAUGGCCAACCACUCAUGUCAACGUCGUUCAAUGA